AUGCAGGCGAAUAGAGGGAAUGCUGAGGCCCUGGGUCGAAAGGCCAAGCUUGCUCGCUCGUACCAGGAGCUUCUUGACGAUUUCUCUCCCAGCGAGUUUGCCAACAAGGAUCUAAGCUCUGUCGGCAACUACACCCUCGGGCGCUUGAUUGGAAAAGGCUCCUUCGGCAAAGUCGUUCUCAAGUCUGCGAAUAAAGGCGAUUCGAACCUUGCCCGAGAAAUCCACCACCACCGACAAUUCGUCCAUCCUCACAUCGCCCGACUCUACGAAGUCAUUGUUACCGAAAACUUGGUCUGGCUCGUGUUGGAAUACUGCGCUGGCGAUGAACUCUACAACUAUCUCCUCGAGCAUGGCCCGCUGCCUGUUCACAAAGUCCAAAAGAUCUUUGCCCAGCUCGUGGGCGCCGUCUCCUACGUACACCAGCAGUCAUGCGUCCACCGCGAUCUGAAACUCGAGAACAUCCUGUUCGAUAAACACGAGAAUGUAAAGCUGGUGGAUUUUGGCUUUACGAGAGAGUACGAGGGCAAGUCCAACCACUUGCAGACGUUUUGCGGCACGAUUUGCUACUCAGCACCCGAGAUGCUCAAGGGCGAGAAGUACGCGGGAGAAAAGGUUGAUGUUUGGAGUCUCGGCGUCAUUUUGUACGCCUUGCUUUGCGGAGAGCUGCCCUUCGACGAUGACGACGACAACGUUACACGGACGAAAAUUCUUAGCGAGGAGCCAAAGUUCCCCGAGCACCUGCCCUUGGCUGCGAUACCUUUGAUCAAGUCGCUCCUAUCGAAACGGCCAUUGCUCCGACCCUCGCUUCCGGAAAUCCUGUCGAACCCUUUUCUUGCCGAGCAUGCUCCGGCUCAGCACGCAAUUCUUAAGCUCACGAGACCGCCGCCAUUCGCGACCGUUUUGGAGAAGGAAACUCUGCAGCGCAUGCGUAGCGCAGGCGUCGACAUCGAUUCGGUAAUCGAAAGUGUUCUUGCUCAACGAUGCGACGCUUUGGCUGGCUGGUGGACCUUGCUUAUCGAGAAGGAGGAGCGGAAAGUGCGCAGAAGGGAGAGAAAGCGUCGCGAGCGAGAAGCUGAGAACAGGAGUUUGCGCCGCCUAUCCGCUGCGUCUAGCAGGCUUGACCGGAUUGCGCCUGUUCUUCAGGAAGUUGACGAGGAUGGUGGACUGACGAAUCGUUUCAUCAGGCUCGAAGACGCGCCUAUAACGCCGAGGACCAGGGGCCGCUCAGAAAGGAGAAGCGCACAUUACUCUGACUUCAAUGACCUGCCAGGUCUUCCAGAGCACACCAAGGAGAAUGGAAGUCCAAACACGGAGGAACCUCCGCCUCCCAUCGACAAGGACUCUAUCCGGUCUGCCAGUACGUCUAGAAAUCGUCGCCCGGUGCCGCCCCCUAAGGAAGGGCACAUCCGGAGCGCGAGAUCUCGGGGUUCGACCCUUCACCUCGUGACCACGUCGGAGGCUUUGGCGGCUAACGGAACGCCAGAGCGACCUGCCGAGCAGCAAAAGGUUCGAAAGAAGCCUUCUCAAGCCAUCAUUGCGCACUGGAAGAACUGGACGCACUGGUUCUUUGAGAACACUCGUAGGGGUAGACAUGCGAACAAGCGGGGCAGCCACUCCACGCCGAAUCUGGUCGACAAGAACGGCGGCACGGGUGGCAGUAGCAAGCACUCCAAGGAUACGAGCCCGCGGCCUCAGACGAGUCGGCAGCCGACUGCCGACGGCGCCGUAGCACAGGCCAAGGCCGGACUUCCUCGUGGUGUAGUGGCUAACGGUCAUGCGAAUAAGGCGCUGCCUGGACAGAGAGGGUCUGGCAACUUUAGCAGCAGCCCAGCAUCAACUAGCACUGUUACGCCUGGGCACUAUCCCUCGCGUAUCACGACGUCGUACAAACGACAAUCAUUAUCCCCAUCUCCCAUGACACCUCGAUCGACUAUGCGUCGCUCCUCGGCAGGACUGCGGGGUCGCAAAUCCACAUCUUCAUCCGUUUCAUCCAUACGUUCUAUGCCCCAUCAUCACCACUCUCACUCCAAAGCUUCGUCGACGAGCUCAAACGGCUCUGUAUCAACCAAGAACACGCUAGGGCGCGGACAGUCACCCCAUCAUUCGUCUGUGAAGGUUCUGCCGGCUACUCCAACGUCCACAGCGUUCCCCUCCAACAUUCGUCUCGUACGAGGGCCCGGUCCCCCGGCUCCUCUUGCCCUCUUCAACGAGGGCAUGCCGUCCGCCUCAGCGGGAAUGCAAGCUCCGGGCUCGCCAAAUCCAUUCGCUCAGGGAGGUGGGAUUCUGUUUGCAAAGCGGAAGCGAAACAUCUUCAAGGGCCCCAUGUUGGCCUUUGGCGGAGCGAACGCCAGCGGCAGCACCACCAGAAGCACAAGUUCCAGCCACUCAAGAAGCGCAAGCGCAUCCGGUAUGGGACGCAGGUCUGGCGAAGCACCAAUUCAGGAAGAGGAAGAGGGCGAGGAGGCCGAGGAAGAGGUUGAGGAAGUGGAUGCCUUCAGCCCCGUUGUCGGUGGGCCUGGGGAGCGCAUCGAAGAGCGAAUCUAUGAGGAAGGCGAGACUCCGAUCGAGAUACCUUCGCAAACUCAGGCCGGGUCAAAGUCAGCAGAUGACGUGCCCCCUAAAACGCCCAAAACGCCCAUUACUCCCAUCACUCCCCAGACAGCGAUCCCUCCGACGAUCCCGACAUGA